AUGGGUUCUAAAUUUUGGAAAACUGUUAAAAAGAUCCAAAUUGCCACUGGCGUUCAUCCUUACAGAAAUUUAGAUUUGGAAAAUAUAACCUUACCGAUCCUGGAUAUGGAAUUUCGUUACAUAUCACGUAACGACGGACAAAAAGAGUUGGUUGGCAAGGGCACAUACGGCCGAGUCUACCUGGGUCGCUGCAAAGGGAUGCCGAGCUUGGUAGUAGUGAAAUGCUUCAAGAACAAAGACAUGAAGGAAAUUUGUGCCGAAGCUAAAAUUAUGAGCCAUUUAUCAGAAACAGGGGUGGUGCCGAAAUGUUUCGGUUUGAUCCAGGAUGAAAAUUCAGAAAUACAACCGUGCUUAGUUCAAGAAUAUUUCGGACAAGGUGUUACCCUUUCAAAAUUUCUCUGUGAUUUGCGUGUUACGCUUAAGAGCAAAAAUUGUAUAGGUAUCUGUUUGCAACUUUCUCGGGGAUUAAAGAAAAUACACGCUCAAGGCAUUUUAUUAAACGAUAUUAAAACUGAUAACAUACUUAUAGAUCGAUACACUAUCGAUUUUCAAAUUCGCUUUAUAGAUUUUGGGUGUGCUAGCACCUUGAAGGAAUAUCGUUUGAUAUUUCGGAAAGUGAAAGCUGUUACCAUGUUGCCCCCGAGGUCAAAGCAAAACAACCAACCAGUACUUCGUCGGAUGUGUUCAGUCUGGGUCAUGUCUUUGAUGCAAUUCAGGACCUGA